UCUGCUUUUAUUCUUCUUCCCUCACAGACCUUCAAGUCGUGCACGUCAAACUUGCUCUUCGUAUGAAAAAGACCUUAUCUGGUUGCUCUUGCUUGCCGUGACCUUUGACUGGAUCAAAACCAUUUCGUCUCUGGCGAUCAGAUCCCCGUCUGGCUUCAAGCGAAAAGCCUUCACAUCCUUCUUAUCCCGUUAUUCCCUUCCGGUCUCUGUCGGCUUUUCCGUUUCAAAAAACGGGGGGAAAAUGAGGCGGAUCUCGUUUAUUUUGGCAGCGUGCCUAUUUCUGUGUUGGCCGGGAAAUCGACAAGUAAGAGCAUUCAAGCCUCUUACUCUGUUCAAUAGUUCGGACAUCACCAAUCUAGAGUACCAGAAGGUCUUGCAGUCCUUGGAACGCGAAGGAGAAUGGGAUUCCGAAGGCAUCAAGGAGUUGGCUCUGGCCUACCACGGGGUCAACAAUAAAUUCCGAGCUCAAAAGGCCGUUUACCGAAUGAAGAAGAUCAUCCAGGCCAACCGAGCCAAGACCAAAAGCAAUUUUGUCCAUUUAAUGACCGAUAUUCAGCUCAAGCUUUUAAACGACUACCGCCGCGAGUUGAAGACUGGUGCCUUCCACAACUCCACAUUCCAUGACCUGACUCGUGUCCUGAACUUUGUCAACCAAAAGAUUGUCAAUCAUGUGAAGGCCAAGGAAUGUUUGACAUGUCCCAAAACUCCCGCGGCCGAUUUGAUCCACACCCAAACGGAGCAACCCUAAAAGAGCGAGAGAAAGAAAAAAGAAACAAGAGAGAUGGGACCACUUGAACACUCUGAGCGUACCUGUCCCACUCCUUUUGGGAACGGAAUUGAUGAUUUGGAGCUGUCACCCAGGGAGAUGAUUUAUGUUAUACUUCAACCAAUCUAACCUCUCUGUUGUGAUAUCGUGGAUGUGAGAGUCCCUCUAUUGUAGAAAUAAAAUACAAAGUCUGUCCGCAGAAGCUCCCCGCAUAAUUUGGAUGA